GCAAUGAAGAGAAGGGAGCCGUCGUCCUGCUGAUACCAGGACGUCUGGGAUGCAGUAACACCAGUGUGUUGUCUACUGGGAUCAUAUUUGUAUAUUUCUAGGGUAAAACAAAACAAUACACUGCGGAUUUGGCGUAUCCAUCAAUCGGAUGCCAACAGAGCCAGGCCCAACUUAACAAUGGGCCCCAUACCCCUGUGUGUGCUGCUCCCGGUGACGGUGCUGGCUGUGGUGGUGGCUGUAGUUGCUGAGGGUAAUGCAGUGGACGACGAGUACACCUGGCCGCAGUGGAAGGUGCCUCUGGUAAGGAAAAGACGCACUGUGCCUCUGAGCAGCCCAAACUUUUCAGCCCACCCUCAGCUGGAGCUGAGUGGGACCUGUGGGAUCGAGUGUCAGCGUCGCCUCCCUGCCACCUCUCUGGACGACCUGGAGCAGCUCCUGUCCUACGAGACGGUUUACGACAACGGCACGCGCACGUUUACCUCCGUUUCUGUGCAGGGCCUCAAUGAGGUGAUUGCCCAGCCCAGGAACGUGUCCUCCAGUUCCCGCCACAAGCGCGAGGUGUACGGCACAGACACCCGCUUCACCAUCACAGAUAAGCAGUUCUCCACCAAAUAUCCCUUCUCCACCACCGUGAAGAUCUCCACUGGAUGCUCUGGGGUUCUCGUGUCGCCUAAACAUGUGCUGACCGCUGCCCACUGCAUCCACGACGGGAAGGAUUACCUAGAUGGGGUGCAGAAGCUGCGCGUUGGUAUUCUGAAGGAGAAGUCAAGACGAGGGAAAGGAGGCAAAGGGAGAGGAGGGCAAGGAAAGGGCAAAAGGAGAAAGGGAGACAAAGAUAAAGAGGAAGUGCAGGAAAAGGAAGACAAUGAAGAGAAAGAGGACCGUAAAGGAAAAGGGAAAGGUAGAAAGAGCAGGAGUCGGCGAUCUGCGGAAUCAGGGAAACCUUCGUUUAGGUGGACCGGGGUCAAGAAGACCCAGGUGCCUAAGGGCUGGUUCAAAGGUGUGUCUGACGGACUGACUGCGGAUUAUGACUAUGCGGUUUUGGAGCUGAAGAAAGCCCCGAAGGUCAAGCACAUGGAUCUGGGUGUUAUCCCCUCGGUCAAGAAGCUCCCCGCCGGGAGGAUCCACUUCUCUGGCUUUGAUGAUGACCGUCCUGGCAACCUGGUGUACCGGUUCUGCUCUGUCUCUGAGGAGUCCAACGACUUGAUGUACCAGUACUGCGACGCCAAGCCCGGCUCCAGCGGUUCUGGGAUCUACAUCCGCCUCAAAGAGCCUGGCAAGAAGAAGUGGACGAGGAAGAUCAUUGGGGUUUUCUCCGGUCACCAGUGGGUGGAUGUAAACGGGAAUGGGAUGCAGCAGGAUUACAACGUGGCGGUGAGGAUAACACCUCUCAAAUAUGCCCAGAUCUGCUCCUGGGUCCACGGAGACUCGAGUGAGUGCCAGGGAGCCUAAGACAACACAGGAUCCCCCCUUAAACCAGCACUUCUCUCUGCAGAAAGGACACCCUACCUUCUCUCAACCCCCCAACCCCUCAUAGCCAACCAGGGGCCCCGGCGACUGCCUCUCCUCUUCCUGCCUCCCUUUUACCUCCUGUACCUCCUGCUACACUGAUCUACACACACACACACACACACACACACACACACACACACACACACACACACACACACACACACACACACACACACACACACACACACACACACACACACACACACACACACACACAUUCAAACACACAAACACACACACAUAGCCAUACAGACUCAGUGUUGACAACCACAAGAACUCGUCAGCGCAUCAAGAGAACUGUGGCUCUUCAGCUUUUCUAAUUUAUUUGCUAAAAAAACAACCAAGAAAAAAAUAUGUAUUGUAUGUAUUUAAGAUCGUUCAGAUCUACCAUUUUGCUUUCUAUUUUGGCUCUUUUUUUUCUUUUGUUUAAAAGAUUUGAUGUUUUUGGAUACAAUUUUGGAAGAGUGCAUAUUCAACUGUUUGUUAGCAAAGCCCCUGGUACAUUUGUCUUAAAUUCCAACUAGGCUUUGUAUGGAGAGACUUAUCUCCACCACUGUAAAGAUGGCUUUGACAAAAGACCCAGAAGAAAUUAAUGUAUGUUUUGUUUUUACAAAUGAAUUAUUUGGAGGUAUUGAGAUAACUGGUUUUAUAAACAUUUUUAAUUGAUGGAACUGGUGUUUUGCAUUGUGUAUAUCUAGAAAUGUUUUUGUUUUUUUACAACUACCUUUUAAGAAAGACUGUUGUAAUAGAGAAAGGGUCCUCAUGAGUCCUAGAUAGAAUAAUUUUUUUAUUUGCGAGUCACACCAUAAUUUCUCUGUUCUUGCAAUGCAGUGAAAUGUGGUUUCAUUGUUGUGCACAUAAAUAUAUCGGUGCUUAUCCAGAAAACGUGGUGCUAAUUUAUGGAAUUGUAAACUUUUUUUGGGGGGUGGGGGAGACUUCUCAGAAUAUAUUUUGAUAGCCUAGUACUGUAACGACAUAUUUCAUGUGAGGCAACAUAUUUGGGGUUGUGUUAAGACGGGGACUGAACCAUUUAAUGAUUUACUUGAGCGCUUGAGAUUUCUCUAAUUCUAAGGGUGAAAUGAGAUUACCAAGGCAAUAUUGUUAUCAAAUAACAAAUCUAAAUCUGGGAUGUGAUAUUUUGUACCUUUCACGUUGACGUUUAUGUUCCUAAAAUCCAUGCAAAUAUCCUUUUGAAUACCAAAUACCUGAAAUCAAUGAUGCCGAUUGAAGACUACCAACCAUUAAACCAAGAUUACUACUUGUGUGUGCGUGUGUUUGUGAUGAUCCUGAUUACAAAGAAUAAUUUCUACUAUUACACACUGGUUUGCGGAAAACAAUUGUUGUGAGACCAGUACCAAUAACAGUCACUGUACUAUCUAAUUAACCGUUUAACUCACAAAAACGUACUUACUCAAAACCAACAGCAUGGCUUUAUUGUUUUGCUG